AUGUUGACAUGUACACGAGAGCGUACAGCCUCUCCUUUUCGCGGUAGUGUGGCGUUUUUUCAGUUUUUGGGUCGGACAUUUGGGUUGGGCUUUUUUUUUGUCUCCUUCGGGCUUCUACGGAUGAGCAUAUUCCGUUCUUGUAGAUACCUUGGACAGUCAGAGUUGAUCUCAGUUUGGGUUGUUCCCCAUGGCUUCUCC